GGUCAAAGGUUACAAACAAAAUGGCUGAACACAGUGCUGCCGGGAUCACAAUGCUUUGAGCAGCCGGACCGUAAAGGAUAUAUUCGGAUAUUUUUGUACUACACGCCUACAUGUUUGGACCCCGUUAUCUUUUAUACAACACCGCCAUGCUCGACGGUGAAGGAUUUACUCUGUAUGGUGGCAAUAAAGCUCUUGUGUUGGUGUGAAUCUCGAGUUUGACAUGUAACAUUUGAGAAGGACACAGCAGGAAACAGUGUUAUGGUUUGAUGAAGCAGCCUGUGAAGAAAACACAAGAAACGAAGAUGAACCGGAAGAAGGAUAAAGGAUUCGAGAGUCCGCGCCCCUUUAAAUUGACCCACCAGGUGGUGUGCAUCAACAACAUAAACUUCCAGAGGAAAUCCGUCGUGGGCUACGUCGAGCUGACCAUUUUCCCGACAGUGGUCAACCUGAACAGGAUCAAGCUAAACAGUAAACAGUGUCGCAUAUACAGAGUCCGAGUCAAUGACCUGGAAGCCCCGUUCAUUUACAAUGACCCCACGCUGGAGGUGUGCCACCACGAGUCCAAGCAGAGAAACCUCAACUAUUUCUCCAGCGCUUACACUGCAGCAGUGAGCGCUGUAGACCCGGAUGCAGGACACGGGGAACUGGUCAUCAAAGUUCCCUCUGAACUCUGGAAACAAGGAGAUGAUUUGAAGGUUUUGAAGGUGUACAUCGAGUUCUCCCUGGACCAGCCAAAAGGAGGGCUCCACUUUGUCGUUCCCGAUGUAGAAGGCAGCAUGGCGGAGAGAGGGGCUCAUGUUUUCUCCUUUGGAUAUCAGAACUCCUCCAGAUUCUGGUUCCCCUGUGUGGACUCCUACUCAGAGCUGUGCACGUGGAAGCUGGAGUUCACCGUGGAUGCGUCCAUGGUGGCGGUGUCCUGUGGCGACCUGGUGGAGACGAUUUACACCAACGACAUGAGGAAAAAAACCUUCCAUUAUGUCCUCCCCAUUCCCACCGCGGCCCCCAACAUCUCCCUGGCUGUGGGGCCGUUUGAGAUCCUCGUCGAUCCCUACAUGCAUGAGGUGACCCAUUUCUGCCUGCCGCAGCUGCUGCCGCUGCUAAAACACUCCAUGUCUUACCUCCAUGAGAUCUUUGAGUUCUAUGAGGAGAUCCUGACGUGCCGCUACCCGUACGCUUGCUUCAAGACCGUGUUUGUGGACGAGUCCUACGUACAAGUGUCCACCUACGCUUCCAUGAGCAUUUUCAGUACCAACUUGCUCCACAGCUCCAUGAUCAUAGACCAGACCCCCCUGACCCGCCGCUGUCUUGCCCAGGCUUUGGCUCAGCAGUUCUUUGGCUGUUUCAUCUCCAGGAUGUCAUGGGCUGAUGAGUGGGUGCUGAAGGGAAUCUCAGGCUACAUCUACGGUCUGUACCUGAAGAAGACCUUUGGAGUCAAUGAUUACCGGCACUGGAUCAAAGAGGAGUUGGACAAGAUUGUGGAGUACGAGCUAAAGAUGGGAGGGGUUCUGUUGCACCCGACCUUCGGUGGAGGCAAAGAGAAGGACAAUCCAACCCCCCACCUUCACUUCUCCAUUAAGCACCCGCACACUAUGUCCUGGGAGUACUACAAGAUGUUUCAGUGUAAGGCCCACCUGGUAAUGAGGCUGAUAGAAAACAGGAUCAGCAUGGAGUUCAUGUUGCAGGUGUUCAACAAGCUGCUGAGCCUGGCCAGCACGGCCUCCUCUCAGAAGUACCAGAGCCACAUGUGGAGCCAGAUGCUUCUGUCCACUCACGCCUUCCUCAAAUCCAUAUCCAACGUCUCCGGCAAGGACAUAGGACCCCUCAUUAAACAAUGGGUAGACCAGAGUGCAGUGGUGAAAUUCUUUGGCAGUUUUGCCUUCAACAGGAAGAGAAAUGUGCUCGAGCUGGAGAUCCGGCAGGACUACACGUCAUCUGGAACUCAGAAAUACGUGGGUCCCAUUAAAGUUACAGUGCAGGAGCUGGAUGGAUCCUUCAACCACACCCUGCAGAUUGAGGAAAACAGCCUCAAACAUGACAUCCCCUGUCACUCCAAGAGCCGGCGAAACAAAAAAAAGAAGAUCCCUCUGAUGAAUGGAGAGGAGGUGGACAUGGAUUUAUCAGCCAUGGAUGCUGACUCUCCUCUACUCUGGAUCCGGAUCGACCCCGACAUGUCCAUCCUGAGGAAGGUGGAGUUCGAGCAGGCUGACUUCAUGUGGCAGUAUCAGCUGCGCUAUGAGAGGGAUGUGGUGGCACAGGAGGAGUCAAUCUCAGCUCUGGAGAAGUUCCCAACUCCUGCCUCCAGACUCGCUCUGACCGACAUUCUGGAGCAAGAACAGUGUUUCUACAAAGUCCGCAUGCACGCCUGCUUCUGUUUGGCUAAGAUAGCCAAUUCCAUGGUGAGCACAUGGCAGGGUCCGCCAGCCAUGAAGUCCCUGUUCACACGGAUGUUCUGCUGUAAGAGCUGCCCCAACAUCGUCAAGACCAACAACUUCAUCAACUUCCAGAGUUACUUCCUGCAGAAGACGAUGCCCGUUGCUAUGGCGUUACUAAGAGAUGUCCAGAACCUCUGUCCCAAAGACGUCCUCAACUUCAUCCUCGACCUCAUCAAGUACAACGACAACAGAAAAAACAAAUUUUCAGAUAACUACUACCGCGCGGAGCUGAUCGAGGCGCUCACCAACUCUCUGACCCCCGCCAUCAGCAUCAACAACGAGGUGCGCACCGUGGACAAUCUAAACGGCGACGUCCGUCUCAUCCUGGAGGAGAUCACGCGAUACCUCAACAUGGAGAAACUGCUGCCCAGCUUCAGAAACACCAUCACUGUCAGUUGUUUGAGAGCGAUCCGUGAGCUGCAGAAGAACGGACACAUUCCCAGUGACUCGUCUCUCUUCAAGUCGUACGCGGAGUACGGACACUUUGUCGACGUCCGCGUGGCUGCACUGGAGGCUCUGGUGGAUUACACUAGAGUCGAAAGAAGUUCAGUCGAGCUGCAGUGGCUUCUCAACAUGGUCCAGAAUGACCCGACGCAUUACGUGAGACAUAAGAUCCUGGGCAUGCUCUCUAAGAAUCCUCCUUUCACCAAGACAACAGACUCGGCUCUGUGCAACGAAGCUCUGGUCGACCAGCUGUGGAAGCUCAUGAACUCAGGUACCUCUCAUGACUGGCGGCUGCGCUGCGAUGCCGUCAACCUUUACUACACUCUGUUCGGUUUGACUCGGCCAUCCUGCCUGCCCCUGCCAGAGCUGGGCCUGGUACUCAACCUGAAGGAGAAGAAAGCUGUCCUCAACCCCACCAUCAAGCCUGAGCUGGGGGUCGGCCCCGUCAUAGACACCCCCGCCAGUAUCGGCAUCCACGGUGUGGGCAUGAGCUACGCGGCUGAGGAGGAAGAGCCAGAUCCUAUUUCACUGGGGGUUUGUGGAGUGGGCCAACCCCCUCAGGGCCUGAAGAGGAAGGCCGAGACCCCGCUGGGCUCCCCUCCAGAGCCGGGACAGAUCCUGCAGCAACAGGACGAGGAUGUGCGAGCAGGGCGCUUCAAAAUCAGGUUCAACACAAUGGAAGAAGAAGAUAUUGACAUGGAGACUGUGCAUGAUAGUCAGGCCUUCAUACACCAUCAUCUCAAUCUGUUAGACAGACCGUCUACACCAGGAAAAGAGCCGCCAUCAGUGGAACAAGCCAUGCUCUCCAUGCCCGCCACGCCUCUGCCCUCCUUCUCCAAGGAGACCACCUCAUCCUCCUCCAAACACGGCGGCGAACACGGCCACCACCACCACCACCACCACCACGAGCACAAGAAGAAGAAGAAGAAGCACAAGCACAAACACAAGCACAAGCACAAACACGAGAGCAAGGACAAGGACAGAGAGAGGGACAACUCCCACGCGUACAGCAACAGCCCGGCCAGCGGCAGGUCCCUGCGCUCGCCGUCUUUGUCCGAUUAACGCGGUUUUUCCGUACUCGGUCGGGGGUCACCUUCAGGUUACACCCCUGUGAGUACAGAGACAAUAAGUAGAAGAUGAUCUUUUUUUUAAUUAAUCAGUAGUCGUAUCGUUCUGGACAACUCAGAUAAACAGCCUCGUUCAAAUCCGGUCCAGCGUGCGUUUAAAUCGUGUCACAGGAGUUCCAUCCGCCUCAUUCACUCAGCAGCCAUUUUUCUUUGACGUCACACUCAGGGCGGGAGCCUCGUGUGCUUUUAUAAUGACGUCCUAGUUGUGUUUCAUUUCACCGUUACACAAUGAAUGAGACAGUUCUAAAGGACAUCCGGUCCGCUCAUGAGCCAGUGGAAGACAACGGCACGUUAGCAUUCAAACACUUCCCAGCCAACAUCAGGAAUCAUCGUCUAUCACCAUCUGACAACGACGACGGUUUCUACUUUUCCAGGUGAUUCCUUUGUAGCCAACGGUUAGCGUUAAAACGACUUCAAGCCAAGACCUCCUUUUUCCAAUCUGGCGUUUACGCUGUGAUUUCUUGGUCCGUCGCGUCCCCUGGAGGAGCGCCUGAUUUUAUCUGUUUCUUGUGAGUCUCAGUUCAACAGUAGAUCAGAAUAACACCGAGGCUUCACUCCUGGCUUACUUCAGAUGUUUGAGCCUUAAAAAAAAAUAAACCGAUUUUCACGGGAUUUACUUUCAGUUAACGGGUCUUACUUUCUGCUGAAAUAACAACAUCAUGAUGUAGAAAUCAUUCAUUAAGAGGAGAAGGAAAGAGCUUGGAAAAAAGUUUGUUGAUCGGAGGUUUGAUCGAUCGGAUGUAAAUGCAUUUCAGGUAGUCAGGGAAUCUAAACGUUGAUUGACUUUUAGCAGAUUGGUCGCUCAAGUUUAAAUGUUUGAUCCAAAAGCUGCACUUUUAUGGAAAUAUUUAGUUAAAGAGAAUUGUCAUCAGAACAUCACUGAUGACAUUAGUGCAGAUUGUGUCCAUACCGACUGGUCAAUACAGCUUGGACUACAAAUAUACUCAAAUUGUUCACCUGAACUUUUUCCUGCCGGCCCCCCCAAGUAAAAUUUCCCACAUGAGGCCCGGGUGAGCUGAUGUGGAAAUGCAGCAGGAGAUGUUCAGGAAAAUUGAAGCGGGUUGGGGUGACGACGUAAACACCACGAUCGUUGUGCACGUUAUGAAGCUGAUUUGUAGACUUUUCAGCCCGCCAGUUUGUUCUUUUCCCCCCCAUGUUGAGCAGUCUUAUUACAUGUAAUAUUUAUAAACAAGCCCAAAAACUGUCAUUUUAUUGCUGGAGUUUCACUUUUUCUGCCAUCUUGGAAUUUCCUUUUUUUUUGGAGGUCUUGUCUUGUCUGACAUGGAAAACUUCACGCUGUGAGGGAGCUGUGUGAAUGAGUUGUCCUGAACACCUUGAUCGUGAUGUCAGAGGAGAAUGGCUGCUGUGUGAAUACGGGGGUUAACCCUUCAAGAAGUAUCCUUGUGUCCUCACACCUCAUAACACACUCCUCGUCUGCAUGGAGUGUGUCGACUUUUUGAACAUCAUUUCCAGGUUUGCAACCACACGCUCGUCUCUCCGCAAACAGGCAAACAGACUGCAGUCGACCUCGUCCACUUUUUUCCCCCCGCAGAGACGCCGCUCUGGUGUAGCCUCACCCGCACGGCUCAAUCCCAGCAUUCAGCGCGACGCGUCUGAGGGGGAAACAUGACUGAUCGCGGCGUGGCUUUGACCACUCUUCCCGGACUGUGCCAGUGGUGUGUUUGACAACUGGCAAAUGGAAAGGAAAUUCCCUGGACUCUACAAUUGAAACCUAAUUCUACCAUGUUUUUCAUACACAUUUUAGAUUCCCAUUUGUCACCAUUGAUUAAAGAUGCUUUUUGUA